GCAGAGUUCAACCGAUCUCAAGGCCCAAGCGUAGGAAGUUAUUGGAUAACCUUGCUCAGGUGAAAGCAGCUGUCUCCUCAAGGUCAUCUCAGCCUUGCACUAUGCCAGUAUAUCUGUCCGACGGGUGGCGGGGGAAUCCCGCUCCGCGGUAGCACCUGAUCUCAUUUGAAGAAUAUAAAUGAUUGUAAGAUUGAUGGCAAAGAGCAUCAGAUAAUCAAAGAAAUCAAGGGAAUUUCAUCUGCAGCAUGGGCUCCAUAACAGCGACCAACUCCAAGAACUACCCACUUGAAGCUCUGCUGGCAACCGACAGAGACCAGCGUAAGCCCGUCGAAUUGCGAGUCACUGGAACAUUUCUACCACUUCUUGCUGGCACAUUGUAUCGCAAUGGACCGGGCACCCACCGGGUCGACUCGAAAACAGGGUCGUAUGCUCGCAGUCACUGGUUUGACGGUUUCGCACUGCUGCAUCGGUUCAAGAUAGUUCCCACGGAUGGCAGCAACUGUCGCGUGUUCUAUAACUCUCGAUUCCAGGUCGACGCGUUGAUGGAAAAAGCACGCCGCACCGGAGAUCUCAAGGAAGUCACAUUCGGCCAAAAGAGAGACCCGUGCGAGUCGUUCUUUUACAAGAUGAAGACCGUCUUUGAGCCGACUGAUUCUCUGUCUGAUCCUGAUCCACAGAUGGUUAAUUCAAAUGUCACUGUGUUCGCCAACAUGCCCGGCAUGCUGAAACAUGGCCCUGCUGUACCGGAAUCCUCGCAGUUCAAGCUGCUCACCUGUCUGACUGACGCAAACCAAAUCACGCAUGCAAAUCCGGAGACCCUCGAGCCAAUUGCUGCGAGCACGCAACAAGAGCUUCAUCCGGAUCUGAAGGGACAACUCUCCUGCGCACAUCCGCAAUUCCACCCCGAAACGGGAGAUGUAUACAAUUACAACCUGCACCUGGGCCCUAAUAGCACCUAUCGCAUAUACCACACUUCGGCACAUACAUCCAGAACAGAAGUCAUUGCCACACUCUCAACCAAAGCAGCCUAUAUCCAUUCCUUCUUCAUGACAGAAGACUACAUCAUCCUCUGCGUCUGGCCUUCGUACUUCAAAGGCCUCGGGGCCUCCAUCCUCUGGGAGCGAAACAUACUGGACGCAUUGAAAUUUGAUUCUACUGCUCAGACGCACUGGUUCGUGGUCGACCGGAGGAGCCACCGAGGCGUCGUUGCCAAGUUCGUCAGUCCGCCGUUCUUCGCCUUUCAUGCCAUCAAUGCUUUCCAAGAACCGGGGGACAAGAAUACAGUGGAUAUCAUCUGUGAUUUGGUGCAGUACACCAACAUGGACACCCUGCACCGAACCUAUUACGAGGACCUGCUCUCGCCUAACGGCGAGGUUUCGAAUUUCACAUUGAAAAGGUCUGAAACACCCGAGACCGUCCGCUAUCGCCUGCCACGAGUGCCCAAGGAGUCAACGACCGGAACAGUUGCCGCCGCGGAACGAGUCUUUGGAUUUGAGUCUGGUGAACUCCCGACCAUCAACCCGCGAUUCGCUACCAAAAGAGCACGAUACCACUAUUGCGUCGUUACCCGAGGACGCACUUCCUUCUUCGAUGGAAUCGGCAAGGUUGACCUCGAGACGCAAACAAUCCAGUACUGGGGUAGUGAAUCGACGCCUCAUACGCCGUCCGAGCCAAUUUUCAUCCCCGAUGGCACUGGCGAGGCCGAGGAUGCGGGAUAUCUGCUUAGUGUGGUGUUGAACGGAGAGACUGGGACAAGUUACCUUGUGUGUCUUGAUGCGAGGACGUUGACCGAGGUCGGCAGGGCUGAACACGACCACGCGAUUAAUUUUGGGUUGCAUGGAAGCUAUUAUUCCGCGGUUUGAGUGUAUGCAGCUGAGCUGUAUAUCAAUGCUUUUUGAUUUUGUUAGAAUAUUGUUGCUUGCGUAACAUAAACGAUUUUCAUAUUCCAAGCCAGCAUAUCGAAGUCAUCGACUGUUCUCCGGACAGAGCAAGUCAUGUAGACAGUUCUCGUUAAUGCUAGGUCUCGCG